UCCGGCCUCUCCGAGCUUGGGCUAGGGCAUUUUUACGAAGGUCCAUCUGCCGAACUUGUUUCCGCGCCUGUUUGUGCUUUGGUAAGCCUUACAUUUUUGUUUGGCUCUGUAGUUUUUCUUUUCUGGUUGCCGUUUGUUUCCUCGGAAAACCGAAGCGAGGCGAGCAAGCUUCCUUUGCCUACUCUUUCCUCCUCCUGCCUGCAAACCUUUGUUGAGCGAAUCCGGUACUUCACUCUUCUCUCUCCCUAUCCCUACCCCGGCAUCAAGCUGUGAAGAACGCUGCUCCCCGCCGGCCUCUUAGGUUAGGGGGCGAGUUGGAGUUGGAGUAGGCCUGUAUUUUCAGGACGAAUUUAGUCAGGGCGACUCGGGUAGUGGUGUUUGAGCUUUGUUUAGUCGAGCAGUGAUGGAGGAGCAGUCAGUAACCCCUUCCGGGAAGCGGAAGGCACCUGAGGACAGCGUAGUUGCGGAUACCCCUCGGCAGGAUUCCGCUCAGAAGCGUCAAAGUGUGACUCGCAGUUGCGUGCAUGAGGUUGCAGUGCCUAGUGAUUAUACUUCGCCUAAAGAUGGAACUACGCACGGAACUCUGUCGAAUCCAGUUUACAACGGUGAGAUGGCCAAAACCUACGAGUUUGUGCUGGAUCCGUUUCAGAAGGUAUCGGUUGCCUGUUUGGAGAGAAAGGAGUCUGUUCUCGUCUCUGCGCAUACUUCUGCUGGGAAGACAGCAGUGGCUGAGUAUGCUAUUGCAAUGGCAUUUAGAGAUAAGCAGAGGGUUAUAUAUACUUCCCCGCUGAAAGCUUUGAGCAACCAAAAGUAUAGGGAGUUGCAGCAUGAGUUUGAAGAUGUUGGUUUGAUGACUGGUGAUGUGACACUCUCACCCAAUGCUAGUGUUUUGGUGAUGACAACGGAGAUUCUUAGGGGAAUGCUUUACCGGGGAUCACAGAUUUUGAAGGAAGUUGCAUGGGUUAUCUUUGAUGAAAUCCAUUACAUGAAAGAUCGUGAGAGAGGGGUUGUUUGGGAGGAGAGUAUCAUCUUUUUGCCACCAGAGAUUAAAAUGGUUUUCCUUUCUGCCACAAUGUCGAAUGCUACAGAGUUCGCAGAGUGGAUUUGCCGUGUGCACAAGCAGCCUUGUCAUGUGGUGUACACUGAUUUUCGGCCAACUCCUUUGCAGCAUUACGUCUUCCCUGUUGGUGGAUCUGGCCUAUACCUUGUUGUGGAUGAGAAUGAACAGUUCAGAGAGGAGAAUUUUAUGAAGCUGCAGAAUUCCUUCUCAAAACAGAAAACUGGUGAUGGGAACAAGAGUGCUAAUGGUAAAGCAGGCGGUAGGAUAGCAAAACCUGGCAAUGCUUCUGGAGGGUCAGACAUAUACAAAAUUGUAAAGAUGAUUAUGGAGCGGAAGUUUCAACCUGUUAUCGUUUUUAGCUUUAGUCGAAGAGAGUGUGAACAACAUGCAAUGUCCAUGUCUAAGUUGGACUUUAAUACACCGGAGGAGAAGGAAAUGGUGGACCAAGUCUUCAAUAAUGCAAUACAAUGCCUGAACGAAGAAGAUAGAAGUUUACCUGCCAUUGAAUUGAUGUUGCCACUACUUCAGCGAGGUAUCGCUGUACAUCAUUCUGGCCUGCUUCCUGUCAUUAAGGAAUUGGUUGAGCUUCUUUUCCAAGAAGGCCUUGUGAAGGCAUUAUUUGCUACAGAAACAUUUGCAAUGGGUUUAAACAUGCCUGCCAAGACCGUUGUUUUUACUGCUGUUAAGAAGUUUGAUGGUGAUAGUCACCGUCACAUAGGAUCUGGUGAAUAUAUCCAGAUGAGUGGAAGAGCUGGACGGCGUGGCAAAGAUGACCGGGGUAUUUGUAUCAUAAUGAUUGACGAACAGAUGGAGAUGGAGACUCUCAAGGACAUGGUUCUGGGUAAACCAGCUCCUCUAGUUAGUACUUUUAGGCUGAGUUAUUAUUCCAUUUUAAACUUAAUGAGCCGUGCGGAAGGCCAGUUCACUGCCGAGCAUGUGAUUAGGAAUUCAUUCCACCAAUUUCAAUAUGAAAAGGCUUUACCUGAUAUCGGCAACAAGGUUUCAAAACUUGAACAAGAAGCUGCUAACUUGGCUUCAUCCGGAGAUGGCAAAGUUGCUGAAUAUCAUAAGCUGAAGCUAGAGAUCGUGCAACUUGAGAAAAAGAUGAUGACUGAAAUCACAAGGCCUGAAAGAGUACUUUAUUAUUUAUGCCCUGGCCGACUGGUACGUUCUGGACAUAAGCAUAGAACUGGUGUUGGAACGAAGCUACAAGGCUGAUUUCUGAAUCUAUAUUAUUUGGAAGUCGUCGUCUUUGAGGUUUAUCAUUUUUGCUAUUAAUACUAGGUGUCUGUCUCAUUUCAAAAUGUCACCUUGAUUCUGUUUUGAAUUUUUUGUCUAUAGGAUAGCCGUAUUAUGUCUGUGUUAACAGCCCUUUUGGAAAUUAUUCAUAUUCUAGUCUGUCGUUCGGUAGUAUGUGUGUCGUGUUCACAAGCUACCAUGUAGAUACCAUGUAUAUUAUUAACGACAUCCUUCUCACGUGUGUUUGUCUUUUCUGCAGGUCAGAAUCAGAGAAGGUGGAACUGACUGGGGCUGGGGGGUUGUAGUAAAUGUUGUGAAGAAACCGUCUUCAGGGAUGGGUGCACUACCCUCUCGUGGUAGUGGCUACAUAGUGGAUACUUUACUUCACUGCACACCUGGAUCAAGUGAGGGUGGCUCAAGGCCCAAACCUUGUCCUCCUCGGCCUGGAGAGAAGGGAGAGAUGCAUGUGGUCCCUGUUGAGCUGCCCCUGGUUUCUGCUCUCAGUAAAGUGAGAAUUACCAUUCCGUCUGAUCUCCGACCAUUGGAAGCAAGGCAAAGUAUACUUAUAGCACUUGAAGAACUAGGAUCUCGGUUUCCUGAAGGUCUUCCAAAACUUAAUCCAGUAAAGGAUAUGAAAAUUGAAGAUCCCGAAAUUGUUGAUUUGGUCAAGCAAAUAGAAGAACUGGAAAGGAAGUUACAUGCACAUCCUAUGCAUAAGUCGCAAGAUGUGAAUCAGAUUAAAAGUUUCCAAAGGAAGGCUGAGGUGGAUCAUGAAAUUCAACAACUCAAGUUAAAAAUGCGAGACUCACAGCUGCAAAAAUUUCGUGAUGAACUCAAGAACCGUUCACGAGUCUUGAAAAGACUUGGUCAUAUAGACGGUGACAGUGUCGUACAGCUAAAGGGUCGAGCAGCCUGUUUGAUAGACACAGGAGAUGAACUUCUUGUAACUGAACUUAUGUUUAACGGUACCUUCAAUGAUCUUGAUCAUCACCAAGUUGCAGCUCUAGCAAGCUGUUUCAUUCCAGUGGACAAAUCAAACGAGCAAAUACACUUGAGAACCGAGCUUGCUAAACCAUUACAGCAGCUCCAAGAAAGCGCAAGAAAAAUAGCCGAGAUACAAUAUGAGUGCAAAUUGGAAAUAAAUGUAGAAGAGUACGUUGAGUCAACUGUGCGGCCAUUCUUGAUGGACGUGAUCUACUGUUGGUCGAAGGGUGCUAGUUUUGCAGAAGUUAUACAGAUGACUGAUAUCUUCGAGGGCAGUAUCAUUAGGAGCGCCAGGCGAUUGGACGAAUUCUUGAACCAGUUACGUGCAGCUGCUCAGGCCGUGGGAGAAACCAGCUUGGAGGAGAAAUUCGAAGCAGCUUGUAAAAGCCUUCAACGCGGGAUCAUGUUUGCGAACUCUCUGUAUCUGUAAGCCGCUAAUCGUUGUUUUGCAGGUGACACACUUUACUCGACAAAGAUCGAAAGGGAAAGCAACAUAGGGAUUUCCAUGUGAAGUUUACUACCAUUCUCUGUAUGUUGUAAGUACUUGGGACACUUUUACUGGGACGAGAAAAAAAAAAAACAAACAAGAAACUAGAAAGCAUAAAGCAACGACUCUUGAUCCAAAUCUGUUCAAGGUUUCCUUCUCCAGACGACACAUUCAAACCUCGAUCGGAUCGAAAACAACCGUCGAAUGUUUGGCAAUGUGCAGACUGAACUGCCCUCCUUUCUCAGUCACAUCAAUCUUCUCUACUCCCGGCGGAGCCUUCAUCUCGAACUCACUCACCAGCUUCCCGAUCACCAUCCCCAGGAUCGGCAUUGCCAGUAUGAUCCCAGGGCAGCUCCUCCUCCCCAUCCCAAACGGCAGGAACCGGAAAUCCACUCUGCCUCCAGCCACCGCUGCAUCCGUCUCCCCUUCCUCCUCCAAGAACCUCUCCGGCCGAAACUCCUCCGGUUUCUUCCACCACGCCGGGUUGUUGGCCAGCCACCACGCGUUCACCACCACCUUCGACUCCUUGGGAAUCGUGUAGCCACCGAGCUGGGCCUCCUCGAGGUUCAUGUGCGGGACCAGCAGGGGGAUCGGAGUGUGCAGCCGGAGCGUCUCCUUCACCACUGCUUGCAGGUAAGGGAGGUCAUGGAGUCUGGAUUCGGUUACCGGGUUGCCGUUCAGGACGCCGGCGAUUUCUUGCCGGAUUUUGUGCUGGACCUGUGGGUGGUUCACUAGCUCGGCGAUCGCCCACUCCAUGGACCAGAGGGUGGUUUCGAUGGCGGCGACGUUGAUGUUCUCCACGAUGUAGAGCACGUUGGCUUCGCUGAUCUCGCCCUUCUUCUCCGAGUCGAUUAUGUGGUCCAUGGCGCAGGUGAGUUUCUGGGUUUUCUCCCCAUCAUUUCCCGCCAUUAUUUUCCUUCUCUGUUCCACGUAGUGGUUGUUGAAGAAAGCCAGCCGCCUCCGCUGCAAAUCCCUGCACUUAUUCAAAUACCCCCUCAAGAACGGCCGCAACAGGGGAAUGAAAUCGCCAUAGUUAUACUCGAAGCUCUGCGCCAGCCGACUCCUCUCCGAGUUAAACCUCGUCGCCUCCACGAACAGAGGAUCAUCCACCGACUCGAACCCAACACCAAACAUCAUCCUGUACAUUAUGUUAUACAGCAUCAGCUGCAGCCUCCUCCUCACCACAAUCCCUUCUCCUCCUCCCUUCCCCUGCUUCCCCAAAUCGCGGACCACGGAAUCCAUCUCCUCCUCCCACAUCCCGCCGUAGCUCUGCACGACCCUGUUGGUGAAGAAGGGCAGGGUCAUGAUCCGCCGCAUCUUCCGCCAGUGGUCGCCGUAGACGGUGAACACCAUGUCCUGGCCGUUCCCCGUGAAGAUGUCGAACACCACGUUGCGGGGUCGGGACCCGAAUUCUACACCCUGGGCGUGGAGGACCUGGUGGGCGAGUUUCGGGUCCGAGACGGCGACGAGGUUCUUGGAGCCGAGCUUGAGGAGGAAGACGGGGCCGUGGGUGAGGGAGAGGGAGGCGAGGAGGCGGUGGUUGAUGUCGUUGCCGAGGUGGAGCCAGUUGCCGAAGAUUGGGAUGGAUGGAGGGCCGGGAGGGAGGUUUUUGUUGUUGUUGUUGGAAUUGUGGUGGAAGAUCAAGAUUGUGGUGGUGAUGAGAGGGAUGGUGAGGAGAAGGGAAGGAAUGGUGGGAAGGAAGAGGAUUGCUAUGGGGAGUAGAAGGAGGAGGAGGAGGAGGAGGAGGAGGAGGAUUGGUUUGGUGGAUUUCUUCAUGUUG